AUCUCCUCCCUCUCUGUGGUUUCCCCACUUGCGGCUGGGCGAAUUCUUGGCUGUCCGGCAAGGCUGCUCCUCGGCCCCGCUCCGGGCAGGUGCCACCAAGAAACCCUUUGGACAAAGUUCUGCUUGCAGGACCCAAUCUGGGUCACUCACCGGGACCAGAGGUUUCACCUUCUCAGUUUUUGGAUUCAUGCUGGAGCCCAUCCUCCUGCCCAUCUUCCAGCCUUUUGGCCAAAGUUCUGCUUGUUCGAGUUUCCCAUGAUGGAAAGCCCUGGAAGUGAGCAGCCCCUGGAGACUAUGCAGAGGGGGGAACACUUUGACCAAAGGUCCCCUCAGAGGAAUCAGGGGAAACUCUCCAGAUGCUCCGAGUGUGGGAAAUCCUUUGCUCACCGGUCCCUCCUUUUGAUCCACCGGACGCUGCAUAAGGGGAAUGGAUCCCACCUGUGUUUCCUUUGUGGGAACUCCUUUCCUGGACUGUGGAGCUUCGCCAAACAUCUCCGGAGCCACCCUGGACUGAAGCCUUACAAAUGUGGAGAGUGCGGGGAGCGUUUUGCUAAAGGCUCAGACCUUGGAGCCCACCAGAGAAUCCAUCAGGGAAAGAGAUCUCAGGAAUCCUGGAAGCGCUGGGGAACAUUUCCUGAGAGACGGCGUCUUUCUAGGCCUCAGAACAGCCUGCGUGAAGAGAAGCCCUGCAAGUGUGUGCAAUGUGGGCUGUGCUUUCCUCAAAACUCAGAGCUGCUUAAACAUCAGCAAAUCCACACCAGAGGGAAACCCUAUCAAUGUCUGGAGUGUUUUUCCAGCAAAUCAUGCCUGCUGAAACAUCAGAGAAUUCACAGUGGGGAAAGACCACAUGAGUGUCCAGAAUGUGGGAGAUCUUUUGGCUACAAGUCAAGCCUAAUUCGACAUCAGAGACUUCACACUGGGGACAGAUCCUAUCAAUGCCCAGAAUGUGAGAAAAGAUUUGUGAAUUCUUCUGAACUUCGGAGACACCAAAGGACACACAAGGGAAAAAAACGACAUAAAUGUAAGUCACCCCUAAUUCGACAUCAGGGAAUUCACACUGGGGAAGGACUCUAUCAGUGCCCAGAAUGUGGGAGAUCUUUUGGCUACAAGUCAAGCCUAAUUCGACAUCAGAAAAUUCACAGUGGAGAAAGACCCUAUCAAUGCCCAGAAUGUGAGAAAAGAUUUGUGCUUUCUUUUGAACUUCGGAGACACCAAAGGACUCACACAGAAAGACUAUAUAAAUGUAAGGAUUGUGAUAAAUGUUUUUCUUUUAAGGAAGCUCUUUUUCGACAUCAGAGUAUCCAUACAGGGGUGAAGCCCUAUAUGUGCAUCGAGUGUGGAACAUUUUUCCGUAUAAAAGAAAGCCUCAGGAAACAUGAGAAUGUUCACAGAGGGGAAAAAAAGUUCAAAUGUUUAGAAUGUGGGAAAGCAUUUACUCAUUCAUCAUCCCUUAGAAUUCACUGGCAAACUCAUACGGGUGAGAAACUCCACAAAUGCUCAGUGUGUGAGAAAUCUUUUAGCCGGAAAGGUACACUUGUGAUUCAUCAGAGGAUCCACUUAGAGAAGCAAUAUAAAUGUCCGGAGUGUGAGAAAACUUUCCGUUGCAAAUAUUCUCUUAGAAAACAUGAGAUGAUUCACAAAGGAGAGAAGCCUUUCAAGCCUGUGCAGAAAAAUGAAAUGUGCCCAGAAUGUGGGAGAUGUUUUGGCAGAAAGGCACACCUAAUUCGACAUCAGAGUCUUCACACCGAGAGAAAGACCCUAUCAAUGCCCAGAAUGUGGGAGAUGUUUUGUCUAUAAGCAACAACUAAUUCGACAUCAGAAACUUCACACUGGAGAAAGACCCUAUCAGUGCCCAGAAUGUGAGAAAACAUUUGUGGAGUCUGCUGAACUUCGGAGACAUCAGAAGGGGCACACAGGAGAGAGGCCCUAUAAAUGUGGGGAAUGUGGAAAAAGUUUUCUCACAGCAACACUGCUUCGAGUUCAUCAGAGAAUCCACACAGGGGAGAAGCCAUACCUGUGUGUGGAGUGUGGGAAAGGUUUUUCCCAAAAACAACAACUUGCAAGGCAUGAAAAGGUCCAUACUCGAAUGAAGCCAUAGAGAUGCAUAGAGUGUGGAAAUGUUUUGCUCAAAAGCAAGACAUCAGAAAAAUCACAUUCGGUUUCCAAAAUAGGAAAAUGGAAGACAAAAUAGAAUUGAUGAGGAAAAGUGAUUUAGGAGAAAUGAUACAAAAAUAAGACAUUUGGAUAUUGUUACAAAAAAUACAAAUUCAAUGUCAAAAUAAUUCUGAAAAGGGAUGGAAUCAAAUUGAAAAGGAUCUAGUAAAAUGAAAAAAAAUACAAUUGUCAUUGAUUAUAGAAGUUCCAUAAUUAAAAGUGAGUAUAUUACUGGACUGAUGUUUCUGUUUUAAACAAUACCUAUCUGGACAAGGGGUGCACCAAAUAAUCAAUGACAGGAAGAUACAUGAGAAAAACCAAGAGUUUAAUUUGAAACUGUUCAAGACCAAGGAGAAAGAGGAUGAUUAGGAUCGCUUUGGAUGAAAGAGUGGGUGUUGCUGAAAAAUAAGAGGAUUUUAACACAGGAAGGGUAUGGCUUUUUUUAAUGGUUCAGCUUCGACAAUAGAAACAUAGGCAGUGCCCAAAAACGACUUUGUGGGUCUCGGCACAAGAAGCAUUUGAUGGAAAAGAAAGAGUAGACCACAAUAAAUGGAUACAGUGUAAUAUCCUGAUGUCUUACACUUUUUGUCUCAUUUCUUUGAAUUGCUUUUCCCCAUCAAUUUGUCAAUACAGGUAGUCGACUCAAAAAACAGUUCAUUUAGUGACCUUUCGAAGUUACAGUGGCACUGAAAAUGUUACUUAUGACCAUUUCUCAGCAGCCCCAUGGUCACGUGAUCAAAAUUCAGAUCCGUGACCACUGAUUCACAUUUCUGACGGCUGCAGUGCUCCAGGGUCACCUGAUCCCCUUUUGCGACCUUUUCACAACCAAAGCUAAGGGAGAAGUCAGAUUCACUUAACAACUGUGUUACUAAUUUAACAUCUGCAGUGAACCACUGUGGCAAGAAAGGUUGUAAAUUGUGGAAAACUCACUUAACAAGUAUUUCACUUAACAACAGAAAUUUUGGGCUCAAUUGUGGUCAUAAGAAGAGGCUUACCUAUAGAUGACAAACAGAGUUGUUAGAACAGGAACAUGAAGAAUACGACCGACCUCUGUCUAAAUACUACAGUUUGUUUUUUGCUUUGUUAUAGAGCAGUGAUGGCUAACCUUUUUGCCAUUGCGUGCCAAAAGCGGGGGGAGUGCAGGGGGGGGUCACAAGUGCGCGUGCCCACACCCAUAAUUCAAUGCACCCCACCCCCCAUGCAUCCGUGAACAACCCUCCCACGCUUCUGGCACGCGAUAGCAUGGUGGGCCCGGCAGGCCUGUUUUUCACCCUCCCCAGGCUCCAGAGGCUUUCUAGGAGCCUGGGGAGGGCAAAAAAAUAAAACCCCCCCGGAGGCCCUCUGGAGGCCGGAAAUGGCCCAUUUUCUGACUUCCUGAGAGACUGGAAGACUCAUUUUUCACCAUCCCCAUGCUCCUGAGGCUUUUUAAGAGCCUGGGGAGGGCGAAAACAGCCUUCCCCACCCCCGGAGGCCCUCUGGGGGCUGGAAACGGCCUGUUUAGUGACUUCUGUUGGCCCAGAAGGCCUGAAAAUCAGCUGGCCGGCGCACACAUGCGCGCUGGAGCUAAACUAGGGCAACGCUCACGUGCCCACAGAUAUGGCUCCACAUGCCACCUGUGGCACGCGUGCCAUAGAUUCGCCAUCGCAGUUAUAGAACCUAUUACAAUCUCAGUCAUACAAAUGUUAACUGCACUACUAACGGGGGCAGCUUCCUGCCCACGUUAGUACUCCCUUGUCUUUCUUGGUGGUCUUAAUUUGCCUCUUAUUAAUCGGAUCCUAAACGAAUGUACAACUGAACCUGUACAUGGAACCAUUUACAAUGCUGUUACGGCUCUGGGGCUGGAGCAGUUGGUAACGGACAACCCUAGGCUCAACAAUUGCUUAGAUCUCAUCUUCUGUAAUACUUUAAUUCAAUUUAUGGCUUAUAAAUUAAAGAACCAUAUUCCAACAGCGA